UCAACAUGGCUGGCAGUAAGUUGGUGCUGGAAGGGAGGAUAAGUAUUCUAAGCUUUCUCUCAGGGCUUGGGGUGAUAAUAAUACCCUUGCUUGUAAAAUUCGGCUCCCAUAUUGACUGGAUAUUCGAUUACCUCACUGAUGUAAACGGGAAGAUAGCCAUUGCAGUUUAUUUAACAGUUAUCAACGGCUUGCUGCUAAUCAAAUACAGGGGACCUCUAUACAGGGUCGCUGUACGAGCUUGCUUUCUAGGCUUUGCCUUCGGAUGUGGCCUGAUCAUAAGUUUUGCCGAUACAACAUGGACACACUUUGGCUGGUACAUGUGUUCGCUAUCAUUCUUUCACUACUCUGAGUACCUGGUCACGGCCAUCAUCAACCCCCGCAGUCUAUCUCUGGACUCUUUCUUGAUCAACCACAGCGUUGAAUACACCUUAGCAGCCAUCUCUUCUUGGAUGGAGUUCACUUUGGAAAAGCUGCUUGUUCCAGAGCUGAAGCAGUGGAACUGGAUCGCUUUUGUGGGACUGGUAAUGGUAUUAUGUGGAGAGGGCCUGCGCAAGUCUGCUAUGUUGACAGCGGGAUCCAACUUUAACCACAUUGUGCAGAAUGAGAAGGCCCAGAGCCACGUGCUGGUCACUAGUGGUGUAUACUCAUUCUUUAGACAUCCUUCCUACGUGGGCUGGUUCUACUGGAGCAUUGGUACUCAGAUAAUGUUGUGCAACCCAUUCUGCUUUGUGGCCUAUACAAUGGCCAGCUGGCGGUUCUUCCGGGAGCGUGUUGAAGAAGAGGAGAUUUCUCUCAUCCAUUUCUUUGGGGAGGAUUACAUCGAGUACAAGAAGAAGGUCCCCACUGGUUUGCCCUUUAUCUCAGGCAUCAGGGUAAACUCAUAAGGCUGGGAUGGACAAAGUGAGGGGAAACUUGGAAACCUCUGGAAGUGCACACCUGGACACCUCUGACUGGCACUGUGAGCGAGCUAGUUACUUGGUGACCUUGUGGCUCUCCCCUGCAAGAAUGCACAGGGGAGCAAGGACACAGCACAGAGAGACUGACCUGCUGAUCUGUUCUGAGACACACCAAUCUGCUCUGAGCGGGGCAGAUCCUCUACCCCUACAGCCAUCAGGCAGAAACACAUACACACAGCCACGAGUCUCCCAGCACUCCCUUACAUAUGCCCCCCAUAAUGCAUAUUAUCUCUGUUCUGUCCACCUUUUAUAUCUCUAAUGCAUCAUAUAACAUUUCUUUCUCAUAUCCAUUGUAGAUCUGUUUCAAAUUUCAGCUCAUGAUAUAGGUUCAUGUAUCAUAUCUACUCCACUUGCAUCAUUUCAUGUCACUUUCAGUUGUAGCACCUUUUGGUUCCUGGGUCUUCUGUCUCUGUUUUUGAUUGUUUGUUUGUUUUAGGCUUGUGUUAAAACAUCUUUGAGUGUAUUAAGGGAACUGAACUUUACCGAGAUUCUACAGUAUGUUGACUUUUAAAUAGAAAACAGUUUACAGCAAAGUUUUAACUGGACUUAAAGCACCAAAUGUUCAGAGAGAGAGCUAUUUACUAUACGGAAAGGCGUCUUCUCUCUUUAUAAUUAAAGCAGAAUGUUGCAUAUAGUAUUUCUAAAUACAUUUAUUUAUGAGGUAAAAAGUAUGAUUUAGAUAAGAACUAUUUAGUAAUCUUUUGGGCCACUGAUUGAGACAUUACCAUAUGGCCUGAUCAACAGUGUAAUUACUAAUUUGGUAUUCUAGAGAUUCACUUCGUCUCUUUGUGAAUAGCGGAAGAAAAGUCAUAUUUGUAAUGCGUGAUUUCUGUUCCUGGAUCAGUUUUACAUGUUCUGGAUUUUAUAUAGAUUGAUCUUGAUCAUUUCUCAGACACUGUCCUGUCAGUUUCAGGCGUACACAGUUUUAAAUGCUGAAUUCUGACAAUCUUUAAUAAACACAAUUCCAACUGAUGAAA